ACGACGCGAAGGACGUAUACGGCCCUCAAAUAACGGAGAAGGAUGGCGAGCUGCUGGACAAGCACGACAGCUUCUACAUCACCACCAAGAGUCUGCUGGUGCUGUUCCAGAUCAUGGGGGUUAUGCCCAUCAUGAGAGUGCCCACGAGUGCCCUAACAACGAAACGCACGACUUACAACUGGAUAUCCAAGGCCACUUUGUGGGCGUAUCUAGUAUGGAGUCUGGAGUGUAUCAUUGUCGUCAAAGUGGGCCGUGAGCGUCUCAACAACUUCCAGAAGAAUUCCAACAAGCGUUUCGACGAGGUGAUCUACAACAUCAUAUUCCUCAGCAUCCUCAUACCGCACUUUCUGCUGCCCAUCGCGUCAUGGCGCCAUGGCCCACAGGUCGCCAUAUUCAAGAACAUGUGGACGCACUAUCAGUUAAAGUACCUCAAGAUUACGGGCAGUCCCAUAGUAUUCCCGAACCUGUACCUUCUGACUUGGGGCCUCUGUAUCUUCUCCUGGGGCCUCAGUUUCGCCGUGAUCCUAUCACAACACUACCUGCAGAAUGACUUCGAGCUGUGGCACUCCUUCGCGUACUAUCACAUCAUUGCAAUGCUCGAUGGAUUCUGUUCUUUGUGGUACAUAAACUGCAACGCAUUUGGCACAGCAUCACGGGGCCUGGCUACAAACUUGCACAAGGCGUUGGAGUCAGACCGACCAGCACUCAAGCUGGCCCAGUACCGCCAUCUGUGGGUUGAUUUGUCACACAUGAUGCAACAGCUCGGUCGAGCGUAUUCCAACAUGUACGGCAUCUACUGCAUGGUGAUAUUCUUCACCACCACCAUCUCGCUGUACGGCUCGCUGUCGGAGAUCCUCGAGCACGGCCUCAGCUACAAGGAGAUGGGGCUAUUCGUCAUCGUCGGCUACUGCAUGACGCUGCUCUUCAUCAUUUGUAACGAGGCUUACCAUGCCACGAGGAAGGUGGGUCUGGAGUUCCAAGUCCGUCUUCUGAACGUGAACCUGGGCGCCAUCGACCGCAGCACGCAGCGUGAGGUCGAGAUGUUCCUUGUGGCCAUCGCCAAGAACCCCCCCAUCAUGAACCUGGAUGGGUUCACCAACAUCAACCGGGAGUUGUUCACUGCUAAUAUAUCGUACAUGUCAACGUACCUGAUAGUCCUGAUGCAGUUCAAGCUCACCCUACUCCGGAAGGGCGCUCAGAAGAUGGUGAAAGCCAUCACCAGAGCAUUCUUCAACGCUACCACACCCAUGGCUGACGAUUUCGACGAUGAUGAUGAUGAAUAAGCUUACUA